AUGUUAACCAUCAACGAGGCCAAGUGCUACACGAAAGUCGACAAAAAGGAGUUCGUGUUCACGUGGGUGAUAAGCGACGUCAUGCUGCACUGGAGCAAGCAAAAAUCGUCGACGCUGACGUCGCCCGCGUUCAACAUCGAUCCCGACGAUCACAGAAGAUUCGAGCUGAGCUUGAUCAGGCUCUACGACUCGUGCGAUCACACGACUCAGGAGAGGCUGGACGUGUACUGCGUGAACAACAGCGCCGAGCUGCCGUGCAGGUGCAAGCUGUCGCUCGUCGGCCAGGACGACAGGAUCGGCUACGCGCAGACGCACUAUCACACGUUCCUCAAGUACUCGCCCGUGCUCGUAUUCGACAUUCCGCGCAACAGAUUCAUCGGUUGCGUCUCCAGCGAGGGCUCGGUCACGAUUCGCUGCGAGAUGACGUUCGCCGUCGGCGAUCGCAAGAACUCGCUGAACUACGAUCGUUGCAGCCGUCCGUUGAUCAGCGAGGAGGAAGAAGCGUCGACGGUACCGAGGUACGACUUCGACUGGGUGUUUCUCGGCCGGGAUCUGAGCGACGUCGCGCUGAGAACGGCCUGCGGAAAAACGAUACCGGCCCAUAAAGUCGUGCUCGCCGCCGUGAGUCCCGUCUUCAAGGCCAUGUUCAGCCAGGACGUGCCGGAGAACAAGAACAAACCGGUCGACAUGGCCGACGUCACUUACGAGGCCGCCGUGGAGAUGCUGCGUUACAUCUACACGGGCAGCGUCGAGUGUCAAGAAUUUUCAUCGACCGCCGAACUGUUGGAGGCUGCCGACAGGUACCAGCUCGAAGAGUUGAAAAAUAAGUGCGAGCAAUUGUUGAGCUCCAAGCUGUCCAUUAAGAAUUGCGUCGAGGCUCUCGCGAUAGCCGAUAGGCUGAAUUUGAAUCGUUUGAAAAAAGAUGCGAUAGAUAGCGUUAAACGUAAUAUACACGGACAUUCGAACUUUGAUAAUGCGGGCAAUAUGAUUCUCAAGAUGGCACAGUUUCUCUCGGAACAAUUUCAAAGUUGA